UCAUCUCAAGAAAAAGGGUUUAUGGUUUAGGGUUUAUACCCGCCGGUCAGCCGAGUAACAACAGAGUCCAAUUGGAAAUCAGGCUAGUCUUUUUGGCUUUCCGUCGGCCGUUCUUCCGCCGAGAUGGAGGAGGACGAAGGCGAUAACAAACCAAAAACUCUAGAAUUCGUGAAUGCGGCAUCUCACCAGGCCAAGCUUAAAGAGCUUUUGCGGAACUUAACUUCUACGCAAUCAAAACUCUGUUCAGACGCCUCAAAGGAAUUCAUAAAGAUCCUCAAAUCCGAUUCUGGACCACAAUUUCUCACCUUUUACAUCCAAUCAUCACCAAAAUGCGUCGAACUCCAACAAGCUUGGGAGCUCCGGCAAGGCAAGCCCGGAUUUUCCGACUGUUUGAAAUUAGUUUCGGCAAUUUUCAGAUAUCCUUUUGGAAAAGAUAGUGAUAAAGAUGUCAGUAAUUAUAGUUUUGUUAGUAGCGCUUUAGAUAAGUUUGCGCGUGUAAUUACUGAGGGAAAAAUGGGGGAUUUGUACGAGGAGUUGAACAGUAAAGAUGCGAAAAGGCAGAAAGCUGUCUUGUUGUUGUUGGCUUCUAUAGUUAGGCGUGGGCCGGGUUUGGCGUGGGAGGUGGCAAAGGGUUUUGAUUUUAAAACUGGGAAUUUCUCCAAGCUUGCUGAGUGGAAGGCGAGGGGGAAUGAGGGGAUGAGGAGGUAUUUGACGAGGAAGGAAUUUGUUGGUUUUGCUAUGUCAUUUUUGGAAGUGGGGAAUCCGCGGCUGUUGAGAGGGAUUUUGCAGCAGAAGGAUAUGUAUUCAGGGGUGCUUCGUGGGUUGGGAACUGAUGAUGAGGAGAUUGUGGUUUAUGUUCUUCUGACGUUGCGGAAUAGAGUACUUGUCCCGGAGUCGUUGGUGCCUCCGGGCCUAAGAAGCGUGUUGUUUGGGAGUGCUACUCUGGAGCAAUUGAUAAGCAUUUCAGGGAGGCAGGAUGGUGGGCUUGCUGCUGAGGUGGCGCAUAGUGUGCUAGUAAUGGUGUGUACGGAUCCUUCUAACGGGUUGAUGCCAGAUUUAGAGAGGCAGCCUAAUCCUUUGAAGGGAAAUGUGAAGCGAUUAGUGAUCUUUAUGAAGAAGCUCAAACCCACAGAGGUUGAGUACCACAAAGACCUGCUUUUGGCCAUUGUAAAAGGGAGGCCGGCCUUUGGGUCAGCAUACUUGGAGAACUUCCCUCAUAAUCUUGAAGACCUGGCAUCACCUAACUGGUUUUCUGCUAUUUCUCUGGCUGCAGAUGUCAUGUCCUCAGUUGGUGAUGGAUUUACAUGUGCCUAUGUUAACUCUCAGUCUCAGGAGCCCCCAUCCAUUGACAAUCUGAUAGUCCAAGACAUUAUGAAGUGCAUAGGGCCACGCCCAUUCACCCGAUUGGUAAUGAAUAAAGGGUUGCUUCACUCUGAUCCUCUUGUGAAACAUGUAACUCUGAGGCUUGUAUCGGAACUAAAGCUUCUCGACUUUUUAAUUGGCUCUGUAAAUGAUCUGUCCAGUUCCAGUGAUCAAGUGAUGCAUAAGUGGGCAUCUUUCAAGCGAGAUGUUCAGAAUGUAGUCCAGAUUUUACUUCCUGAUCCCCAGGUGCUAUUAUCACUACUUUCUUCACUCAGUGGCUACUGCAAGAGUCCUGCAUCAAGAAUGAAGAGGGCUGCAGAUGUAGAUGUUACAGUCGAGCAUAAUUUGCACAAGAAGAAGAAGUUGAAGAUGAAUAGCGUGGAUGAGGACAUGGAUAUUCUCGUCAGUGGGGUUAGUUCAACCACUGAAGGGGCUUUGACUGAGAAUGAUGGAGUGUCAGAAGAGGAUGUUGAGGAUCAGCUGAAUAGUGGAGUUGACCUCCUGAAACCUGUUCUAGAAAUUUGGGGUUUGCAGGGAUGCUCCAGUGUAGAUAUCAGAACUGAAGAUGGGGACACAUACUUUUACUCAAAGUUGCUUGAUGUUCUCAGAAUUUAUCAUCGGACUCUGCCUACUGCUGUGGAAGGAUCAUUUGACUUCUUUAAAGUUCUCCCAAGCAAUCCUUUAGCACUACCUACAAUUUUGCAGCAGUCUAUGCUGUCACUGCUUGUAGAACAAGUUGUUGGGUCCAACAAGUCUCAGAUUUCCAUCAGAACCCAACCAUUGAUGUACAAGUAUCUUCAUUCAUUUAUCAAUUUGUUUAUGUAUUCACCAAUAAGAGACAUAAAAGAUCAGGCUUACUCUUUAGCACAAGCAGCCAUGUUGAGUACAGGUGCAUUUGACAGAAAUCCAAGGGAAAUUUCUGCUUGGUUUCUAUUUAUACCUGGCUAUACCAGUGUGGUUAUUGAUGGUCAAAAACAUGGGAUUGAAGUAUUCCAAAAGUUGUCUUCAGUUGUCAUCUCUUUUCUUUGCGAUGCAGUUUCUACUACUGGGAACAACUUGUUCAAAUAUUUGGAUCUCUUAAGGGGCUAUAUCCGUGAUUUAGAGGUUUCUACAGAUACAUUUCCCAAUUUUAGCCCUUUCAUAGUUUGUGUACUGGAGAAGUGCUUGAGGUUACUUAGCUCUGAAACUGGUUCUUUUACAUUGCCCGAGAAGUCAAUGAUAUCAUUGUAUGUUUCUACCACAUUAAAGUAUCUCCUGGAAACUCAGGUUGAAGGUGGACUUUUGUGUUCCCUGACGCAGCUUUUGAUAUCAGAGAGACUUAAAGGUUGUUGCGAUAUGAUUGGAUUCUGCCCUUGUGAAUGGAUGCCGAUGAAUAGUUUGUUAUAUUUUGCAAGGAAUACCGUGCAGCAACAAAUUUAUAGCAGUUUUAUGUCUGAAGAGAAAGCUACUGGUCUUGGUGGUUCAUUUUCUGAGACACUUUCUGAAGUUAAUAGGAUUUUAAGGACUAAGGAUCAUUGUGGGUUGCUUGGAGUUACUAUGGGGUUUUCUUUUUCAAUGAUAUGCACCACAGCUGAUCAGAUAUUGCAGAAUUUCCCAUCGACCAUCUCUACUUCUACUAAAUUGCUUGGGGUUCCUUUCUCAAUUUUGUUGUUGAGAUUCUUUCUCGAACCAAGUCAUUUUGCUGAAGUUUUCAAGUUAUGGCCUAAAAUAUGCUUUGCUGGAGUUGACAAAGUUAUAAGUGGAGUUCAUGAUGGAGAAGGGCAGACAAUAGCUAAUGAGCUUGAUGAUUCACCAGAUUCUGCUUCUAUUGCAUUCUCUUUUUUAGUAAAGAAUGCUCCUUUUCAUGUGCUCUUUCCAGCUAUUUUUUUCACUGAUGGAUUGCAUUUGCUUGGUCACUCAAAAGUGCAGAAUUUGCUUCUGGAUAAAUUCACUGAGAGUACACCUGACUUCUCUGUCUCUUCUCUCUGCCGUCUUCUCUUUUGCUUGCUUCAAGCGCGAUUGGCCUAUAGUAUCAAACCAUCUGAUGAACUUGAAAAACUUUGUGAAUCAUCUUGUUUUCUUGCAAAGCACAUAGUAAAACAAUCAUUUGUUGAAAAAUUUGGUCCUGAUUGCUCCCCGCGUGUUUUGCCUCCUUUAUCAUCUGGUCAUAUUCGAGAAGUGGCUGAAAUAAUUCUUGGCCACCCUUUACUCACUGCAUUGCUGGAAUGGCCUUUGCAUACCGAUAAUGAUGUUGGUGACAUGAUUUUUAUGAAACCUCCAGAAACCUUUCUUCAGUAUGCUGAACGGGGUGUUCGUAAAAUAGAUCAUCAUAUUUUGCAGUUGUUAAGAAGAACCACAUCUGAGCUUUUGGUUCAUGUAUUUAGUAAAUGUAGAUCACCAUCUGUGGUUGAUCAUUCUACUGAACGGAUUGCAAAGGCUUUCAAGGCUCUGGUGCAGAAGCUAUUUUUGACAUUUAAGGCGAGGUUCACAGAUUCCAGAAAGACAGAUGAUUUGAUGCCUCUAAUUCCUACAUUGUAUGCUUUGCAUAGUCUGAGUGAAUUCAUAUGUCCCUUUGAGUUGCUCAAUUUGGUGCACUGGUUGUUCUCCAGAAUUGAUCUAAAUGAUACUGCAGUUUCCAUUUCUUGUCAAAGAUGUGGUUUGUCUGUUGGAUUACAAAUUGCUUCAUGGGCUUUUGAUUCUCUUUCUUUAUAUAUGUUAGAGCCACAUGCAAAGAGGACAUUAUUCAAUUUCUUUAUGGGUACUGGAAACAGAAGUUUUGAAAUUACCCUUUUUGAGAGAAUUUUUAACAGCAUAUUUGAGAUUGCCACUCACACUCAACUAGAAGUUGCUGAUAUAUGUUUAUUCAAAGCUGUUAAGAUCAUCAAAAUGCAUAAAUGUAUGGAGAAGACCAGCUUACCUUUUGUUAUGGCUACUUCAAGACUUCUACCCAGUGUUCCUGUGAACUUUAUUUCUUAUUGCUUGGACAAGACAACCAAGACUAAGUGUGACUUCUUGUUUCUUCUGUCUGAGAUGAGCUCCCUGCAUCUUUGUGUAUUUGGACAUUUGGUUUCUGGUAAAAUUAGUAAUAAUCAAGCUCUUAAGGUCAACAAGGAAGAAAACUGCAAUCGGCCUCAGUACUCUGAAGAGUUCUUGAUGCUUCUGCCAACUGUUCUGUUAUACUUGAGGUCAAAUUUUCUGAAAUUUGGGGGCCAAUUUGGCAAGCAUGUUGAAAACACUUCUUCUUUCUUUUGGAAGAUCCUUUUGCGUGGUUUCUCUAACUGGAAGAGUUUUGUUUCGGAAGAGAUAUUUGAGAUAAAACUUGUUGAGUGCUCAUCUUUAUGCAUGGAAGAUUUUUCUAACCUUUUCUCUUCCAGUCUUCUUGGAAAAGCAGUACUGCUGAUGCGUCAUUACCUUGCUGUGAGUGGACACUUGGUGAAAAUGAAAAGGCUAUUGAGUACAUUUGAUUCUGUUUGCCCACAUGCGAGUGCACAGAAUGAUCUUCUGGACUGCGAUGCUAGAGAAAUUGGUGUUUGUUCUCUUGAGUUGUCUUUGAACUUUGUGAACAAAAUUAUUGCAAAGAUAUGCCUCUGUUGGAUGUUGUUAUUUCCAGAGCAUAAUAAUCUUCAAUCUGUAGUGAAAGAUGGAAAGAAAAAAGGAAUUGAAUCAGAAGUUAGCAUUUUGAGAAUCCGAUUUUUAAGUAUGCUGGUCCAUUCAUGGCAACGUCUUGUGGAGAAUUUUCAUACAUGCAGGCAAGGAGAGAACAUAAGGUCGUCAUUGUUUAGAUUCUUGGAGAUCUUCAUUGCUAAGAAUAUAUACUGUUACUUGCUCACUCUCAAUUUGCUCCAACCAUUCUAUUUGCCCAUUCAUCAACUGUUUGUACUCAAUUUGGAUGCUCAUGAAACUGGGCCUCACAUGAAGAAGUUGGAACUGAUUAAGUUGCUCAGAGUACUAAUACAUAUCUUGGUCUCUGAAGUAUUGCUGAAAUGGAUUUCUAUGGGCUCUGCUUCUCUGAAGGUGAGACAAGAAAGGGAACAAAAGCAAAGUGUAUCUUCUUUGAGUAACUCAUAUGAUAAUGAAGUAGUUGGAGAGAGACGAAGGAUUCAAUUUAGAGAAAAUCUUCCCAUUGACCAAUUAUGUGCAAUGACAGUCCUUUGUUUUCCUCAUGAUAGAUUUGCUGAUGGGAGCUUGAGCAAGCUCCAAACAAAUGAUUCUGAUGAGGGCUACAAUGCAAAUUCUAAGAAGGUGCAACUUUAUGAUCCAGUUUUCAUCUUGCGUUUUUCAAUUCACAGUCUUGCAAUGGAGUAUAUUGAGCCCCUGGAGUUUGCUAGUUUGGGUUUGCUUGCAAUUACAUUUAUCAGUUUGUCUUCUCCUGAUGCUGAUACAAGGAAAUUGGGCUAUGAGGCUGUUGUGAGAUUUAAGAGUGCUGUGGAGAAAUGUCGCAAGAGGAAGGAUGUGAUGCGACUCCGGCUCUUAGUAUCAUACUUGCAAAAUGGUAUAGAAGAAGAGUGUCAGAGGAUUCCUUCCAUAACUGCUGUAUUCAUUGCGGAAGCUUCUUUUGUUCUGUUAGAUUCUUCCCAUGAUCAUUAUUCAGCUAUAAGUAAAUGCCUGAUGCGUCAUCAGGGUGUACCAUUAUUCCAAGAAUUCUUCUGGAGUAGCUCUGUUACUUUUAAGUCAGAAAGGUUGUGGAUGCUUCGGCUUUUAAACACAUCUCUGACUAUGGAUGAUGAUGCUCAAAUACUUGUCAGAAAUUCCAUUGAGAUCCUUUUAAAUUUUUAUGCCUCUCCUCUUUCCGAUGACGAGUCAAAGGAACUGAUCGUUGAGAUGGUGAAAAAGUCCGUCAAAAUAAAUAAGCUUGCAUGGCAUUUGGUUGUACGCUGUGGCAUAAUUUCUUGGCUGUCUUCUCAUGUUGCAUCUUUUUACGGGAUUCUACUCAGGGACCAGAGAAGUUUUUCAUUUGCUAAGUUAGCUAUGGUUCUGGAGGUAGCCAAUGAUGUUAUUAUGUCUAGAAAUACUAGUGAGUGGUUGCAAAAAUAUGCCCUAGAGCAGCUUUCUGAACUUGCAGCUCAUCUGUACAGAAUCUUAGUUGGUUGUUCUAAACAUAUACAAGAGAAAACCAGAAUCAUUGAUUUGAUUCUAGAACUAUUGAUGUCAACCCUGAAGAUCUCACAGAAAAGAAAAGUAUAUCAGCCGCAUUUUACAAUAUCUUUUGAAGGUUUAUACCAUUUGUACGAAGCUGUUGAUGUCUGUUGCAGUGGGACCUUCAGUUCUACUGCUGAGAUUGGACUGAAAGCUGUCCUUAUGAGUACUCCUCCAGUUUCUAUACUUCACAUGGAUAAAAAUAAGCUUUUGAAGUUUGUUAGCUGGGCAAUAUCAACUGCUGUGCAGUCAAACUUGAUGGAGGUGCCUGAAUCUGAAGCAAUGUAUAGCAAUGCCUUGAGAUUUUCAGAACAAUCUGAAGAGGAUCUUGUAUCAAAGCUUUUAAGAUGGCUGACUGCCUCAGUGAUUCUUGGAAGGCUUUCAUGGAAAUUGAGUGAUUUGAAUUCCACUAGUUCUUCUGAAAUAUUAAAGCUUGAUAAUCUGCAUUGUAUCAUGGACUAUUGUGUGAAGGAAUGUGGAGAAAACCAGGAGAAUUUUGGCAGCAAAGAGAUACUAGCUGUAUCAAUUUUUACCUACAGCAGCUUGCAGGCAUCUGGUCCCUCCUCAUCAGACUCUCGACAUAGCGAUGGUAGUCCUUGGGUAUCACUCUGCCAGAAGAUACACAGCCCAGCUGAAGCUAAUCCUUCGUGGAGAUGGUCAUACUACCAGCCUUGGAGAGAUCUUUCCUUGAAGCGUGCUGCAGUAGAGAAAUUGGAAGAAAUUCAUGCGUGCCAAAAGCUCCUGGUGUUGAUUUUGAAGAAACUUGGAAAUAAUUCUCUAUGUUCGCAAUUUCUUUCACUGCAAGAUGUGGAAAAUUUUGAUGUAUUCAAAUGGGAAAGAAGUAUCAUUGAGCCUCACUGACGUCUCUGCUCAUAAUUUACAGGUCCAUUGUUAUUCGGUUCAAAUGUUUUGCAUGCGCAUGCAUUUAGUUGGAGUAGAGAGUGUAGCACAACAGCAGGUGGUCCUGUUGUUAAUCCGUGCUUCUCUGUAACGUUAGUUAGAUUAGCUUGUGUAGGGGAGUAACAGGCACUCAUUAUUAUUCCCUGUUUUUAUAGUUGGCUAAUUUAUUAACAAGGCUUAAACAUGCAUACGCAGGCCUUGCUUGGUUUUUGAGAAAAAA